GCCCGACUUCUCCCAAACUGUCCCAGAGAGAGACUCAGAGCUGUGCCUCUCCCACUCCCCACAGCUUCCUUAGGAUUUUGUUUCUCAGGGAUGGCCGCAUCUAUUCUGGAGGUAGGGAAUGUAAUUGAAGACGCACGCUAUGGCUCCAGUCCUCUGGCUAUGUUAACUGCUACCUGUAACAAGUUUGGCAGCACAAGUCCAGUCAGGGAUUCGGCUACACCCGGGAAGACCGGCAGCAAUACUCCAGUAAAGAAGCCCUACACCAUGACCUCUGACCUUCAGACAGCUAAGAACGGGCGGACCGCAGACGGCAGUGGCCUGGCGGACUCCUACACUGGCUCCUUCACCACAGCUGGAGGAGGCGGCGGGCUGCUUACCCCAACUGGAAGCCCCCCUCCUUCAGCCGGAGGCUACACUACAGAAUACAACCCUUUCUCCCACUCCUUCCAGACCUCCGUCUCCCAGGACCCGUCUCUUUUAGUGUCCAAGGCCCACGCUACGGCCGACUGCCUCACCAGUGUCUAUACCUCGCUGGAUAUGACGCACCCCUAUAGCUCCUGGUAUAAAACCGGCAUUCACCCUGGCAUUACUGCUGCACCUGCCAAUGCCACUUCCUCCUGGUGGGAUGUCCACCCCAACUCCAACUGGCUGUCAGCAACACAGCCCCAGACAGACGGAGGUCUCCAGGCCUCCCUGCAGCCUGUCGCACCUCAGGCCUCCCUUAGCCCACAGCUGCCCAGUUACAGCACCGACUUUACGCCACUCAACCCAGCUCCUUACCCUUCAGUGGGAUUGGGCUCCUCCUCACACCUCCUCCAGCCCUCUCAGCACAUGCUGCCCCAGGACAUGUACAAGCCCAAGCCUGUGCCCAGCGCAGGGCUGAUUGAGAGUCCCAUGGGCCUAAAGCCUGCGAGAGGAUCAGGGGGCUACAGCGGAGGAGGUGCGCCCACCAGGUCCUCAUGUGACUGCCCCAACUGCCAGGAGCUGGAGAGGCUUGGGGCCUCGGCUGCAUCCCUGAGGAAGAAGCCGGUCCACAGUUGCCACAUCCCCGGCUGUGGGAAGGUCUACGGCAAGGCCUCCCACCUCAAAGCCCACCUGCGCUGGCACACUGGUGAGAGGCCCUUUGUUUGCAACUGGCUGUUCUGCGGGAAGCGUUUCACCCGCUCAGAUGAACUGGAGAGGCAUGUGCGCACCCACACAAGGGAGAAGAAGUUCACCUGUCUACUGUGCAACAAGCGUUUCACACGCAGCGACCACCUGUCGAAGCACCAGAAGACCCACGCGGAUUCUGCGAUGCAGGGGAAGGCUGUGGCUGUGGAGGGAGAAACUGAUCCACGGAGCGAAGAGACCACAGAGCUCAACACCAGCGCUGUACCCAGCAAUGCUGUCGCUGACCAAAUCACCAACGGAGACGAGAAGACUGGCGCUCCUAAUGGAGUGGAGAACAGCAGUGGACUGUUGGAGAUCUGACUUCAUUCAGUCAUCUGUCCAGCUCUACUCUGAGACAUAGCUGACUUGAUUUUUACGGUGAAAGAUUCACCUUUCAAAUAAAAAAAGACAGUAUUUUGUUACAAGACUUAUAAAGGAUGUCAGACCAUGCUUGAGAAGACUUGAUAUGAUAAAUGACUGAGCAUGUUGCUGGUUGCAAUGACUUCUUUUUCUCUGGACCACACACACAUACACACAGACACACACACACCUAUAACUAUACACUAAUGCACAAAUGAUGCAGAAAGGAACAAAUACACAGAAACCAUUUGCAACCAGGCCAGGAUGUACACAAAUAUAAUACGCACACAUGCACAUACACAGAAAUAACCAUGAGCAAAUGUGCAAGUAUAAAUACUGCAUACAUGCGUGCACACACACACAUACAAGUAAACACGCUCAUGCGCACAUUAUACACAUUUUCUGCCUUUCAAAUGAGAUAAACCACUGGGGAAAUUUAAUCUGCAAAAGCAGAAGGAAAAGCGCUCUGAAGCCGCAAAAGGAAAGUAGUUUUAGAAGGAGACUUAUGGUUGGGAUGAUGGAGCUGAUGGAGCAUUGCAUGCCUCGAGAAAAAAAAUCUGAUUUACAGCUGUACAUUGAUACUUAUUCAUUAUUCUUGAAACAAUCAACAGACAGUCUUCUGUCGGCUUCUUGUUGCCGAAAACAUUUUGAUGUAAAAGGUUUUUGCAUUUUCACUUUUGUUUGCUGUUUGCUUCUGUUUAAUUUAAUUUCCUAUUUACAUAAAUAAUCUAAUUUAUGUCUUAAAUUAUACACAUGAAAAGAUUAUGUUGCACCCUGCAGGAAAUAUAAUGUCUGAAAAAAAAAAAAAGAACGCAAGAUGGUUGAAGCUGGCCAAAAAGAAAGUUAAAUGCAUUAAAUUAAGAUUUCUUUUUUUUUUUUUCUUAUUUAUUAGUUAUAAUGUGGAGUUUGGGGUUAUGUUUUUAAAGAUUUAUUUAUAGAUCUUGAAGUUACGUGUGUUUGUAAACUAUUUCUAUAUAAUCUUUGAAUUGUGAAGUCUUCCACACCUGGCAAAGUUAUGAUUAAUGAGGGCUACUCCUUGUUUGUACAUACUAUAUAUUUACAACAGUAUAUAGAAAUUGUUAGGUGUGUUAUUUUUCUACCUUUUUCUAAGUAUUUUCUAUAUUUUGUUUAACUUUUCACGAUAGAAAAAAGAUCUCUAUGAUGCAUCAGUGGAAAACAAACAAACAUAACAGCUUGAUUUGUUUCUCACUGUGGAACUGAACAACCACCGUUUGCUGACUUGAUGUGAAAUGAGGGUAUAAGAUGCUGUAAAUAAUGUUUAAGCAUGAAACCUCGUAAAGGUAAACAUGUUGUAAAAGUCGUGGUGUGGAAUCAUGACAAUUUUGGUGCUUUUAAAAGUAAAGAAAUUU